GAUUUCGUGCACCUUCUGCCAGUCACAUCAUUUGUAGCAGUUCAGGAAAUCAAGAAUGAUCUGAAACAGGAGGUGACAGGUUACAUUAGAAUGGUGACUACACAGUUUUAACUCCAUAUUAGUGAGAAGAGAUCACAGUAUAGGUUGAACAUGGCAGGGGAGACCUUCAAAGCAUUAAGGUUGUGUCAUUUGGCCCUGCUGGGAAGAUGUCCCCGUCCACAGCUACAACUGUACAGAUCCUUCAGCUCACAAAGGCCAAGGAAGAGUCUAGGGUUGUUCUGGAAGAUGUUUUUGGGUGUUCCCGUGGUGGUGGGAGUCCAGUACGCCCUUGCGGAACCUAGAGAGAGACGGAAGAUGAAGAUCUUGGUGAAGGGAGUCAGUCGCUUCUGUAGGUCUAUAUAUGUAGGACUCUAUAUCUCAGUAGAUUAUUGGUGGACCUCCAAUGUGAUGUUACGUGGUUUGGACAAGAGCAGCCCAUCGUUUGUGGCAGGGAUGUCAUUGUGCCAUCAGAGGGCAGCAGAUGGCAUGGUGGAGGGAGCGGUGCAGAACGGGGGGAUAUACGUUAAACUGGGACAGGGACUGUGUGCUUUCAACCACCUGCUGCCUCCUGAGUACGUCAAGACACUGCAGGUCCUGGAGGAUAAGGCUCUCAACAGGAGAUGCAAGGAGGUAGAUGCUCUGUUCAUAGAGGACUUCAACACGACUCCAGACAAGAUGUUUAAGACGUUUGAGUAUGAGCCCAUCGCAGCAGCCAGUCUGGCCCAGGUCCACAAGGCAGAGCUGCAGGACGGGACUCCUGUUGCUGUCAAAGUGCAGUACAUAGACCUCAGGGAUCGGUUCGACGGUGACAUCAGGACUCUGGAGAUCCUACUGGACGUUAUAAAGUUCAUGCACCCCAGCUUCGGCUUCAGAUGGGUCCUCAAGGACUUGAAGGGGACAUUAGCUCAGGAGCUGGACUUUGAGAAUGAGGCCAGGAACUCUGAGAGAUGUGCAGAGGAACUGAAACACUUCAAAUUUGUCGUUGUGCCAAAGGUGUACUGGGACCAAACCAGCAAGAGAGUGUUGACUGCAGAGUUCUGUGAAGGCUGCAAAAUCAACAAUUUGGAAGAAAUCAAAAGACAAGGACUUAGCUUGAGAGAUACUGCUGACAAGCUGAUCCGUACGUUUGCAGAGCAGAUAUUUUACACUGGCUUCAUCCACGCUGACCCUCACCCUGGCAAUGUGCUUGUGAGAAGAGGUCCAGACAAGAAGGCAGAGCUGGUACUGUUGGAUCACGGUCUGUAUGAAUACCUCAGUGAAAUUGACAGGGUAGCACUGUGUAAACUGUGGAGGUCCAUAGUCCUGAGAGAUGAUGCUGCCAUGAAGAGGUACUCCAACAGCCUGGGGGUCAAAGACUACUUCAUCUUCUCUGAGAUGCUGCUGCAACGGCCAAUCAACAUGCGGGAAUUGGGCCUGUCCAACAUCCUGAGUCGUGAGGAGACAACCUAUAUGAGGGACAUGGCUGUCAAUCACUUUGACAACAUCAUGGUUGUGCUCAAAUCCAUGCCACGCCCCAUGCUGCUGGUGUUCAGGAACAUCAACACUGUCCGCAGCAUCAACAUCACACUGGGAGCUCCUGUAGACCGAUACUGUGUCAUGGCUAAGAGCGCUGUGCAAUGUUGGGGGCGGCUCCAGGCAGAGAGGCCGGGUGUCCUUCCAAGGUUCAGGGUGUUGCGAUGGGUGCGGGCCACCUGGGAGAGCCUGAAGUUCGAGUGUGCCCUGAGGUCUGAGAUGGCGAUGAUGAGUCUGACAAGAUCCCUGCUGUCUUUGUUGUCUUACUUCAACCUCAUAUCGCUGGACGAGGAAGUUUACCAAUACCUGAAGUAGAAGCCGACAACCCUAACCUCAGCUGCAUAACCUGAUACUAGUGACUCCUGUUUCAAGCUCAAGAAAUGCAACCCGUUUGACUGGACAUGAUAGUUGGCAAAUGGAUAGAUGUGCUUCCAAAAUGGUGCUAUGCAUUUCCCACAUCUACAGAUUUUAUGAUGUAGAAUUGUCUUAAUCAGUCAGGACAGAAAACGCAGUAAACAUAGCUCCAAGCCAAGGACUUGACUCACCAGCAGUCAUUUCAUUGAGGAGCACUGUCUCAGUGCUGCCAAGGAAAAUGUGAACUGACAUGACAUUAACACUAUUUUAUUAAACACAGAGCCAUUUAAUAUUUGACCUUUCUUUCACUGGGGUUGAAUUUGAUGGCAUUAUGUGAUUCCUGCUGUGACCAGUCGAGAUUGUGCCUUCAUUGACUAAGUCUUAUUAAUAGCCCGUUUAGGCACUGAGCACAUUCAGGCCUUUCAACCCUCCUGUUGUGUUCGUUUCAUGUUAGUGUUCCCGGUCCAAAAUGACCACCUCAUAAUAAAUCCAUGAAAA